UAAGCUAGAAGCUGAGGGAGAAGCAAGCUGGACUAAAUUGCCCUUGCCCGCACGCCCCUUGCCCACCGCCUGGACUCGUCUCGCCCGCGGCCGAUCUCCUCCAUUCGCUCGCCGCGCCGCAACCCGGAGAGGAGACUGCGCUCGGUCGAGCACCACCUGGGACCCAGCAUCCUCGCGACCAUCUCCGGCACGGCGUCCGCCCUCUGCAGCCCCGGUGUCCCUGCGACCGUCGCUGCUGUCCUACUUCGCCACUGGCCACUUUGCCCGGCGACGAGCACCACCGGGACACUAGAUUAUACCAAAUUGGAGGCAUACCCUGGAUUUAAAUCUUGGGUCCGUCACUGUUCUGCUCCCUCCCCCACUCGCGCUCGGCACAUAGGCGACCGUGGUGGCGCUCAGGCUCGGGCUCUCAGCGACUACAGGGCAGUCCCAGGCUUGGCGGCGGCGUCAGAGGCUCCCUCUCCCGCCUCUCACCAGUCGCCUUGCGCCCUCACCUCCGGUCCUCGGCACACCAGCCGGCGACCCUGCGUGCGCGCCUCCUGUUCCCCUCCUGCCUCCGGUGGACCAUCGACCGCGCCCGGCCCCGGCAGCUGCGCUGUGCGUCGCCCGCAGCCGGCGGGCAGCGGGAGCCAUCAGCCGCUGCUCAUUUAUGCCCCAAAGUGAAGCGUUACCCGUCUGCUUAGCGCUUCAGCGCACUGAAGCGUGCGUUUAGUGCCGCUUUUUGGAACAAAGUGGUACAUAACUGGUUCCAUUUUUUAACAAGAAGAUUGUAUAAUCUGAUUUUGCCUGAAGGACGCAUUUUAAGAACCGAAGUGUAGUCUACAAUGGCAGAUGCCAGCCCUAGAACAGAAACAUCAACAGAUGAUACUGAUGACAAUCAUGGGCUUGAACCAGGCCCAGGUGCUCUUGGUGUUGCUUCUGACUCCAGUGACAGAUCCAAGGACAAACAUGGAGAUCAAAAGACACUGCGUCGUCUUGCUCAAAAUCGUGAGGCUGCAAGGAAGAGCCGAUUAAGGAAGAAGGCAUAUGUUCAACAGUUGGAGAAUAGCAGACUAAAACUUACCCAACUAGAGCAAGAGUUGCAACGAGCACGUCAGCAGGGCAUUUUUAUAUCUAGUUCAGUUGAUCAGUCACACUCCAUGAGUGGAAAUGGGGCAUUGGCCUUUGAUAUGGAGUAUGCGAGGUGGUUGGAAGAGCACAAUCGGCAAAUUAGUGAACUAAGGGCUGGUGUCAGCGCUCAUGCAAGUGAUACUGAUCUCCGCAGUGUUGUUGAUAAGAUCAUGUCACACUAUGAUGAGAUUUUCAGGCUCAAAGGAAAUGCAGCCAAGGCAGAUGUCUUUCACGUCUUAUCAGGCAUGUGGAAGACACCAGCAGAGAGGUGUUUCUUGUGGCUAGGAGGUUUCCGACCAUCUGAGGUUUUAAAGCUUCUUUCGACACAACUUGAACCUCUCACCGAGCAGCAGCUGUCAGGGAUAGGCAACCUUCAGCAAUCUUCACAGCAAGCUGAAGAUGCUCUUUCACAAGGAAUGGAGGCCCUUCAGCAGUCCUUGGCUGAAACCUUGGCCGGGUCUCUUUCGUCUUCUGGAUCAACAGGAAAUGUGGCAAACUACAUGGGUCAGAUGGCCAUGGCCAUGGGAAAGCUCGGAACGCUUGAGAAUUUCCUUCGUCAGGCUGACAACCUGCGGCUGCAGACCCUACAACAGAUGCAAAGGAUCCUGACCACUAGACAGUCAGCUCGGGCGCUGCUUGUGAUAAGUGAUUACUCUUCACGUCUCCGUGCCCUAAGCUCUCUCUGGCUUGCUCGGCCGAAGGAAUAGCAAGAACAUGCAAUUUGACUGCAAUACUUUCACAAUUUGGUUUUCAAUGGUUAUCUUAUCACCAGGAGAUUUGACAGGGCUGCGACAGACUUGAUUUGGACAAAAUCUGCACAUACUAUAAUCCAAAUGGAAGGGGGAUGUUGAUGUAGCUUAGGCUGCUUAGCCAUGUAGUUAAGUGUUCAGUUCAUGGUUCAUGAUGUAUUAUUACCAACUUCUGUAAAAUUCUCACUCUGUAUGCCCCUGAUUUGCAGCGUGUCAUUAAAAUGCACAUUGAUGUUGAUCAGUCGAUUUUUGUUCACUCUGUA